UCAGGUGCGAAGGUCAGGAAGGAAGAGGCUAGCCUUGAUUGGCUCCUGCCACCGCCUGUGUGCCCCAGGUCCCCACUCCUGUAAGGGUGGGAGGGGGGAAGGAGCCUGCACUACUCCCAAAGAGGGAAGGAGAAUCCUGAGGGUCUGGGGUACCUGGGGCAAGGAGGCUGGCAGACAGAAGUGGGGGAAAGAGGUAUCAUUUAAGCUCCUGGGUGGUGCUGGAAGCAGAAAACAACUUGUUUUCAAAGCAGCCAGACUGGUUUGCACUGGAGGGAUUGUGCAUGCACCAAUCUUUGUGUUUAUAAAUACCAGAAAGGCUCUGGUGGGGUGCCUGCCCUCUGCACUAGCUCCUCCAUCCCAUCUUGUGAAGGAGCUGGGUUAAUAUACAGGCUCUCUUAACAACAUGAAGCCCAACUUGGCCAGCAUCUGUAGAGUUUUGAGCACAGUUGGCUGCAGCAAGAGAUGCUCCUUAAAGCAAUGGCCUUGACCUGUAGCAAGGGCUGGGGUGGCCUUCCAGGGAGGAGUGGACCAAGCUGCAAAAUAUAAUGGAAACAUAGCUCUUUGGGAAAAAACAAGAGUAACGCCUUAUUCCAAAGUGAUUCUCUAUAUCUGGUGAGUCCCCCAAAUGGCUUUUCUGUGUCUUCCCUCUACCUCCCCUUAUGCCCCCAUAAGCACCCACUGUAGCAAGCCUAGUCUGUUCAUUGUGGGUGCAGUCAAUAUACCCUUCAUAAUGAGCAAUAAGGUGAUGAGUUUAAAAUCUUAUCCGAAGAGUUGAUUAUAUUUGCUUCCCAGCCCCUUGGUGGUUUGUAUUAAAUCCAAACAUCAUUAGGCAAUGGGCUGGAGUCAUUAAUGCCCACUCUCCAAUUCAGCAAAACCCUAAAAUACCUGUUUCCUUCUCCCUGAGUCAGAAAGGGAUGUUUUGAUUUCUCCUCUGUUCCUUUUGCUGAUGUUCUGUGGCAGUGAUCAUUGAAAUAUUACAAUCUCACUGCCUGGCUUCACUUAGACCUGGGGCCUGAAUGGGAAGUCUGACCGGACAUCAGUGCCCCAACUGAAUAAUCUGUGUCACUAGGGCUUUGAGCCCAGGAUCUGAGCGGAGGCGAUUCCCUGUUUUGGAAGAAAAUCAGACAGGAAACCAGUGCUAGGAAGAAGGAAGAGAACUCAGUCCAGCACAGUGUAGUGGGGCCUCAUUACUGAAGCAAAAAAAAAAAAAAAAAAAAAAAAGAGGUGUUGGCUAAUUCCUAGCAUGCUGUAACACAUGAGGAUUUUGCAAUUAGCAAUAACCAGUGCACAACGUUCUUGAGUAUGCGCCUGCCCAUUCCGCCCAGCAUUGUGAGUGCGACACCUUUCAAAUUGGAGGGAUUGGCAAGAAAUUCCGGGUAGAUAUGCCUGGCUCAGGCAGUGCCUUCAUCCCAACCAUCAACGCCAUCACGACCAGCCAGGACCUGCAGUGGAUGGUGCAGCCCACAGUGAUCACCUCCAUGUCCAACCCGUACCCGCGCUCGCACCCCUACAGCCCCCUGCCGGGCCUGGCCUCUGUCCCAGGACACAUGGCUCUCCCAAGACCUGGUGUGAUCAAGACCAUUGGCACCACCGUGGGCCGCAGGAGGAGAGAUGAACAGCUGUCUCCUGAAGAGGAGGAGAAGCGUCGGAUCCGGAGGGAGAGGAAUAAGCUGGCUGCAGCCAAGUGCCGGAACCGACGCCGGGAGCUGACGGAGAAGCUGCAGGCGGAGACGGAGGAACUGGAGGAGGAGAAGUCAGGCUUGCAGAAAGAGAUCGCUGAGCUGCAGAAGGAGAAGGAAAAGCUGGAGUUCAUGUUGGUGGCCCAUGGCCCUGUUUGCAAGAUCAGCCCCGAGGAGCGCCGAUCGCCCCCAGCCCCUGGGCUGCAGCCCAUGCGCAGUGGGGGUGGUGCAGUGGGUGCUGUGGUGGUGAAACAGGAGCCCCUGGAAGAGGACAGUCCCUCGUCCUCAUCGGCAGGGCUGGACAAGGCCCAGCGCUCUGUCAUCAAGCCCAUCAGCAUUGCUGGGGGCUUCUAUGGGGAGGAGCCCCUCCACACUCCCAUCGUGGUGACCUCCACACCUGCUGUCACUCCAGGCACCUCGAACCUCGUCUUCACCUACCCCAGUGUGCUGGAGCAGGAGUCGCCCGCGUCACCCUCUGAGUCCUGCUCCAAGGCUCACCGCAGAAGCAGUAGCAGCGGGGACCAGUCAUCAGACUCCUUGAACUCCCCCACUCUGUUGGCUCUGUAACCCAGUGCACUCUCCUCCCCAGCUCUGGAAGGGGUCCUCAUCACUGCCUCCUUACCAGGGACCAGCACCUUCAAAUGCUCCAGGGUGAUGAGGGCAAGAAGGAGACCUGCCAGGGAGCUUUGGGGCUCUGGGGGACCCAGGUGGGACUUGGCAGUGAGGUGUUGGAGGACUUGGGUUGAUCUCUUGGAAGCCAUGGGCCCUCCUGUCUCAUUUAUCUUGCAAGCAAGUCCUGUUUCUUGAAAAGCCGUGGAGAACUUGGUUUGGUGGACUUAGACAUCUCUCUGGCUUCUGAAGAGCCUGAAGCUGGCCUGGACCAUUCCUGUCCCUUUGUUACAAUAUUGUUUCUGGAGUGAUGGUGUCCUUCCCUGCCCCACCAAGCAUGCUCAGUGCCUUUUGGUUUCACCUUCCCUCGACUUGCCCUUUCCCUCCCCAGUGUCAAUUUCACUCUCUCUUGGUUUUUAUGAAAUUUGCCAUGACAUUUCAUCUGGGUGGUCUGAAUAUUAAAGCUCUUCAUUUCUGGA